CAUCUCUUCAACCACCUCGCCAUGCCAGCGAUAAUCAACCACGAAGCCUACCCGCACCUCUUCGACGUGAUCCUGUCCGCGGCGCCACUGGGCUCGCUGAUCCCACUGCGCGCGACGUGCCGCGGCAUCCGGGACCGUAUCGACGCGCUGCUGUUCGCGCACGUCGAGCUGCACACCUUCCCGGACCCCAACGGGCCACGAGUCCUCGUCAUGACCCCGCCUGCGUCGACAGCCCUGGCUACGACGUCCGAGUUCCCGCGCCUGCCGUAUGUGCCGAGUGCGGUCCGCACCCUCGACAUUGCGAUUCGCGACGGGCUCAUGGUGCCCGAGACGGACGGCUUCAGCCGCCUCGAGACGAUGCGCCCGUUCCACCGCCGCUCUGCCGCUGCGCGGUUCCAGCCCACGACGGUCGUACAGCGCGUCUCGACGACCGAGCUGGCCAUGGCUGUCCAGGUGCCCGCUAGCGCGCGCCGCCUCGUCCUGCACGUGCAGUAUGACGCCGUGCCGCCGCACCGCAAGAACCGCAUCGCGAUCGAAGGUUCCGUGACCGACUUUAUCCUCGUCUUCUGGCCCGAGAAGGCACACACGGCCGCACGCGUCCCGACCGCGUCGUGGCUCUUCCACUGCCUGCAGAACAUCCUUCCCCUAGAGGGGGAGUACAGCGUGACGAUCGUCGGCCUGGAACGCGUCUUCGCUGCGGCGCUCGAUGCCGCCGACGAGCCAGCAGCGUGGUUCGAGGCCAACCGCGCGCAGAUCCGCGCGCACUGCCUCGACCGGUACCCCCGCCUGCGGCAGAGCAAGGCCGGCCUCGCGUUUGUCGAUAACGUGUUCGCGCGCACCCGCUGGCUCGAGUACGACGAGUGGAGGGACGAGCUGGGCGACGAGCGGCGCGAGAUCGAGGGCACGUGGAGCGUAACGCGUCGUGGACCCAUGGACGCGCGGCGCGAGGCGCAGAAGGCGCGCGCGGCGGCGCACCACGUCAAGGACCUGUGGUAGUACGAGGCGGCGCACCUCGCACCGCUGGCAGGACAUAUAAUGCGACUCUAUCCCCAACUUCAACUCCACCACCUCACCAAAACCACCCACCCCACACCGACGAUGGACCACACUGCAUUUCCCGACAGAAUCGACAGGAUCCUGGUCUUCGCGCCAGACGACACGCUUCUGCCCUUCCGCGGCACCUCGAAGGCGUACUUUGAGCGAUGCAAUCGGAUGCUCCUGUCUCAUGUCGCCCUCACUUGGGUCUCGCGACAGACUCUCAGCGAGGAGCCUGUCAUCCAGAGGCACCAGUAUAGCACCAUCGACCCGGAGGGCGCCUUCAUCCUCACCUCGACCACUGCACCGACGCGCCGUCUCCCAUUCUUGCCCGAACACGUAAAGAUUAUCGACCUCAUGUCGGAUGGCCCUCGUCGGCAGCUUCUCCAGCUGUGCACGCACCUACACACCAUCCGCCGGCGCGGCAGCCCAGGCCGCAUGGUGGUGUGCCUUCCCUCACCGGCCACGGUUGUCGACUACAUUGACCUGCGGGCCACCCCCGGGGAGGCCACGAUGCUCGUUGCCCCGCCCGACGGUCCCGCAGAACGCAUUGUGCAUCUCAAUGCGGUUGGCCCCCUGAUCCCCGGGGGAAGGAUCAGCAUUCCAUAUGGGACAGUACCGAACACAUUCCCUGUCGUCGUCACUCUCGUCCUUUGGCCGCCGUGCGGCACAACAGUCUCCGCUAUUCCUGACCUGGACGUCAACCUGAUUCUCAUCAUCCUCCGAGCAAUCUUCAUUAUGUGGGAUGAAGCGGCGCCUGUCUCUGUCACUGUCGUCGGCAUGGAAAACCACCUGCAGUCGGGCGUACCACUGCCCAACGGCGAACAGUUCACGAACAACUUAGUGGACAGAUUCGUCGCCAGGACGGGCAAGCACCCCGACUUGUUCACCCUUGUACCACCCCUCAGGGCUGCCCUAGACAGCGGUACGAGGCUCAUCACUCGCACGGAGUGGCUGCAGGAGUUGGGUGACAGGAAGGAUGUGCUUGCGGAGUGGGUUGAAGUGGAGUGUGGGUCCCUGGAUGAUCGUCGAUAGGCCUGCAAGCAAUGCAUGGAGCCAUGUGUCUG